ACAUGUUUCUCCCUCCUUGGAUGCAGGAAGCAGACCGAGGGAUGUUUGCGGGUGUUGCUGGUAUCGCGGAUCAUGUUGCAAACGGUAACGGUAACGAUCGCGACCCUAUGCACGAUCUGAGGGUGUUGGCGCAAGAUAUGAGGGCAGCACGGAGAGAGCGGGCUUAGGUACUCCUUCUCGACGAACCUGGACUCAACGAAUACGACAUCACUCUCCAUAGCUUCAGUGCCAUGAUCCUCGCCUCUCCAGAUAUGUGGGCGGCGUUCGUUGCCCAUGAAUGGACGCGCAGGACUGGCCAUCCUCAUCCGCCCCCUCCUGGACCCGAAGGAGCUCGCGACAACGAUUUCGAGGAACGGUUUUCUGAAAUAAUGUGGGACUUGUGGCUCGACGUCGUUGUAGAGAGUGAAUUGAUGGAAGAUGAUGAUGAUGAACCGAUGUUCUUUGGCCCACCUCGACCUCCGGCUUGGUUUCAUUGGGAGCCUGGCCACGGCGAGCCGCCAGUCUUCCCUGCUGGACUUCUACCCAUUGGUAGUGAAUUUCAGGUAGAUGACCUCCUUUGGGACGGUGCAUCCCUGAUUCUUCCUCAGGGCCCCGUCCCUGAGCCACGCGAUGUCGAUGAUACAGCAGGUCCUUUCUGGGCCCCUGCCCCAGUGACCCUCCGUCAACAUCAUUUCCUCCCCAGAGAACAACCGACGCACAAUGAAGACGAACUUUUCCUGCAAACGCUAGAAGAUGACAUAACCACACACCAGGUCAUUGAUCCUCUGGACAAUCUCUUAUUGGAUCGCCCCCCGUGGGCUCCUGACUUCCCUCUACCUCUCCGAGCGUCGAUCCGCGAUGUGGUAGAUUUGGUCGACUCCGAACCCUCUCUUCCCCCUCCAGGCUGGCAAACUGCGCUGACUCUCCUUCGUCCCUGGUUUCACGAAGCGCCGUGGAGAUUAGAGCCCGCGACCAAUAUUCCCGAUCACAUUGUCGGACGAGAAGAACUUGUGUUGUGGAUUGAUGAUGCUGUGGAUGUUCUGAUCAGGCGCAACAGGACACUUUUGCAGUUUAUCAACUUUGAUAUCCGUCAGCAAAUGGCUGUUGCACCAGACGCGCCUCGACCGUGAGACACGGGUUGAGAAGCGAAGCCAAGCAGCCUGGAAUGUGGAUUGAGGCGUCCAUCAAGAUGUGGAUGACGGUCGGAAGCAGUAUAAACUUUAUGACAUCGCAACUUGGACCUGUUGUACCUG